AUGGUCGAGGUGAGGGAGCGGAAGCUCGGCGCCAGCCACCGAGAUACGCUCCAACUAGGCACACUGCGAACUGAGAUACUGCUGGCGCUGAAGAAGCCCAAUAUGGCGGAAAAGUACAUCUCGCGCGUCGUGAAGCUGUCCAAGGAGGACCUAGGGCAGCUGGACAGCGUGACACUUCACCUGUUGGGGAUGCAGGCCAAGGUGCUGGCCGAGCUCGGGAGAGACACGAAGGCCGAGGAGAUCAUCCAAAACGCCAUGCAGGACCACGAGAAGAAAACAAGCGACCCUGACGGCGACAGCGACUCGGAGGACCCCCACACGACGACCAGCCUGACCGACUACUAUACGACAAUCCUGGCGCGGCAGGGCAAGCACGAAGGCGGCAGAGAGGCUCAGGUUCUCGAGAGGGACGCGGGCCGCAGCGUGCUGGGCUAUGUUAGCGAGCUAGCGUCGGCGCUGGACAAACAGGGCCGGCACCGGGAUGCCGAGGACGUGCUGCGGGAUCUGGUCGCGCAGCAGACUAAAGCGCUGACGCUGGGGCCCGACAACCCCAAGACGCUGCGCAGCACUGUCGAGCUAGGGCACAAGCUGUGUCUGCGCGGCAAGAUCGAAGAGGCAUGGAGAUGGUGGGCCGAGACACGGUGGGCCGAGGAGAUCAAGAGGACGAUGGAGUCGCUGAAGGGCGAGCUUGAGAGCGAAAGCGAGAGCCAGGGCGAAGUGGCAGCGGACGAGAAAAGCACUGGGUUGCUAUGCAAUCGCUACGAGGCCACGCACGAUCUCCCGCAAGAAGACCACGACCGCUCGCCCGCGUUGCUUCGUCUGAUAUUGGCCUUGCUGUUCCUUUGUCCGAUUGAGGAGAACCCCGCGCGCGCCUGGGAGCACACGACAACCCGACACGAAAGCCGCACAAUGUUCCGCUCGUCUGACCUGCGCCCCGCGCAACCUCUGCUCGACCCCCAAGCCAAUGCGCACCCGUACGCCAGCUCCGACGAAGAAGACCGCGGCCGGCCGACGCACCGCAGCACGCGACGCGGCAGCCCGCUGCUCCUCUCGCCGUCGACGUCGGCUUCGCACACAGCGACAGCCCCCCCUUUUCUCCAGGCCCGCCCGCCAGACCGCCCUACAUUCUCCCGGCGCAGCACGAUGCGCUCGUCGCGCAGCCCCGCGGCAGCCGACGGCGACGCCCGCCGGGCCGCGCGAAAGAAAUACACCCUGGCGGCCUUCUUCCUGUGCGUGAGCCUGUUCUCCUUCACUGUGCAGACAGAGCUGGCGGCCUACGUGCAGCACGAGCUGGGCUGGGACAAGGCGUACUGUAUGCUGUACGUGACGCACGGGUCGUGGGUGCUGCUGUGGCCGCUGCAGCUGGGCAUACUGCGUUUGCAACGCCGCGACCAGCCGUGGCCCCAGUUCUGGCGCCGGCACCUCUGGCUGCUGCGCACCACGGCCCAGAUGGUCGAGCGGCAGGACUUGCACGCCGCCACCGCUACCCGCCCGCCCGGGAGCCGCUCACCCUGGCGCUACCUCCUCCGCACCACCAUGCUCGUCACCUCUGCCCUUACAGUCGCCGGCCUUAGCUGGUACGUCGCUGUCAGCAUGACCACCCCUAGCGACCUCACAGCGAUCUACAACUGCAGCGCCUUCUUCGCGUACGCCUUCUCGGUGCCGCUGUUGAAGGAGCGGCUGCGGCUGGACAAGAGCGUGGCUGUGGGCGUGGCCAUCAUGGGCGUGCUGGUGGUGGCGUACGGGGACGGCAAGGGCUCCGCGGCUAAUGCGGAUCCGCCGGCGUCGGGGGGGAUGCCGCCGCGGGGGUCGGACAGCGGCAUGCGCCUCGCCGGGAACCUCAUCAUUGGUGUAGGGUCGGUUCUGUAUGGUCUCUACGAAGUGCUGUACAAGCGGCUUGCCUGCCCUCCUGAGGGCACAUCGCCGGGGCGGGGCAUCAUCUUUGCCAACACGUUUGGGAGCCUGAUCGGGGCGUUCACGCUUACAGUGCUGUGGAUCCCGCUGCCCGUCCUCCAUGUGCUGGGCUGGGAGACGUUUGAGCUGCCGACUGGCCAGGCCGCGUGGCUGUUGUUCAUCAGCGUGGUAGUGAACAUGACGUUUACGGGGUCGUUCCUUGUCCUGAUCUCGCUCACGAGCCCCGUGUUCAGCUCCGUCGCGGCGCUGCUCACAAUCUUCACCGUGGCCAUUGUCGACUGGUUCUGGACGGGCCAGGCGCUGAGUGCCGCCGCAAUAUUUGGCGGCCUGCUCAUCAUCGUCGCCUUUGGAAUGCUCAGCUGGAGCACGUGGCGCGAGAUGACCGAGGACGAGCGCAAGAGGCGCCAAGUCGUGGACCUGAGCGGCGACGACGAGGAUGAUGGCGAGAGCCGCAAGGAUGAUGAUUAA